GCAAUCGCGAUGUCGGACAUUCGACGAUAUGGCUCCUCUGGCAUUCACACGGUGGAAGGCAACGUAGCAGGAUCCCUGGCGGCGCAGUUUUCUCGCGAGCGGGAAAAGCAGGAGAAGGAGUUUGCCGAGAAGAAGAAGCAGAUCGAAGCGGACAACUCGCGGUCGUCGCACAUUGACAAGGCUUUCGAGUCGCAUACAGAUGCUGCAUCGGAAGCGGAAUUUAAGCGACAAACCAUCGGGUUGGUGUCUGCUGCCGAAUACCGUCGACGGCGCGAGAACUGCAACAACCCUGUCGCGGUUGUCGAGGACGAUGACCAACCUGCCGCGAAACGCGCAAAGCCGAUCAAGAAGAAGAAGUCCAAGCCCAUUUCGUUCUCCAUGGACAGCGACGACGAGCAAGUGACGGAGAAGCCUGUGAUCAAGAAGAAGGCGCUCAAGUGUCCGUUUGUCGAGACAGCGUUCCUUCCAGACAAAGAGCGCGAAGAAGAGAUCGCGCGCGAAACAGUCAAACUGACUCAGGAAUGGCAUGCCGAGCAGGAACGCAUCAAGCUACAGAAAGUUGUCGUCGCCUACAGCUACUGGAAUGGCAACGGCCAUCGGCGGCACCUCGAGAUCACCAAAGGCACGACGAUCCGACAGUUCCUCGACACCGUCCGCCAGUCCCUUUCAAAGGACUUCCAUGACCUCCGCGGCGUCAGUACCGAGAACCUCAUGUACAUCAAGGAGGACUUGAUCAUUCCCCAUGUACGUACGACUGAUCGAGUGGGAAAUAUCCCCAUGGAUCCUAACGAAUUCAGCAGCACGUGUCGUUUUACGACAUGAUUGUGACCCAAGCACGGGGGAAGAGCGGUCCGUUGUUCCAUUUCGGCGUCCGCGACGACAUCCGCCUGGUCAACGACAUCCGCGUCGAACGGGAAGAAUCCCAUCCCGGCAAAGUCACCCACCGCGCGUGGUACGACAAGAACCGCCACAUCUUCCCUGCCAGUCGGUGGGAAACGUACGAUCCCGCGGUGGCGCGCGACGCCCGAUACACGACACGAGGCGAAUAAACAAGUACAGGACUACCACUAUAAUGUUCUCAAACCUCUCUGGAGAAUACAUACAUACCCACCCGGAAUACGUUAGGCC